CAGCAAGUAAUCUCACUGUCCUCUAUCCUUUUCCUUCACACCUCCAAUCGAAUCCCCGAUUUCAAUCCCCACCGGAGAAGCUCAUAGAUCCCAAUUUCCCGGCGAAAUCAAAUGGGCAGCACAAAACCCCCAAUUUCGAAUUCGAUUUCAAUCCUCACCCUUAUCCUAACCCUAAUCAAAUCGAGCAUUUCGUCUUUCCCAACCCCUCAAAACUGCACAGACACAGCUCGUCUAUGCACUUCAUUUCUCGCCUUCAAGCCCUCGCCGGACCAAACCCUACCGGUGAUUCUCAGCAUGUUCGACGUUCUGGAGGAUGACGUCACCGUCGACGGCAGCAACGGUCGGGGCUACGUUUUCGUCAAAAAGAACUGCUCCUGUGCUUCUGGUCUGAACAAGUAUCUAUCGAACACGACGUUCACGGUGCGGGAGAGCAACGGGUCGCUGUAUAAUCUGGUGUCGGAUUCUUACAAGGGGCUGGCGUAUUUUCCGGCGAACUUCACGGCCAGGGCGGCCCGGCGGGGGGCGGUGGUGUCGCUGAGGCUGAUUUGCGGCUGCUCGAGGGGGCUGUGGAAUUAUCUGAUGAGUUAUGUUAUGGAGGAUGGGGACAGCGUGGAGGGUUUGUCGAGCAGAUUUGGGGUCAGCAUGGACGACAUUGAAAGUGCCAAUGGGAUUCUUAAUCCCGACAAUUUCACCGCCGGGGAGCUCUAUUUUGUGCCCUUGAAUUCCGUUCCGGGACAGCCAUAUCCGGUAAAGAACGGGACACUUCAAACUCCAGCUCCGGCUCCAUCUGCCGAUAGCUUCGUCGACGGCAAUUCGAAUCGUCACCGCCACAUACCUUACUGGUGGAUCAUCGGCGGUCUGUCAAUCGGUUUGGCUUUGAUAAUUGUUACGGUCGUUCUAUUUGUUUCCUUUAAAUCGUCCGGUUGUCUCGGGAGCGAUGCGAAAGAUUCCGAUGGUAAGAGUUCGCACAAAUUCCAAAUCCUCCGGAACACGAGCUUUUGCUGUGCUUCUAGAAGGUCUACGUGUUGCGACUCCGCAGAUCGGAACCACCCGGGCGAAUCGAGCAAUCGACACAUGAACAUUCCCACAGUUAUAGGGACCGACGUGUUGGACGUCGAGAAGCCUGUUGUUUUUACUUACGACGAGAUUAUCGCUUCGACUGAUGGGUUUUCCGAUUCGUAUCUUUUGGGGCACGGAACAUACGGUUCGGUUUACUACGGCCUCCUUCGCGACCAGGAAGUUGCGAUCAAGAAAAUGACUGCGACGAAAACGAAGGAGUUCAUGGCGGAGAUGAAAGUUCUGUGCAAAGUUCAUCACACAAAUUUGGUAGAACUAAUUGGCUAUGCUGCCAGCGGCGACGAACUCUUUCUCAUAUACGAAUACGCGCAAAAGGGUUCGCUUCGGAAUCACUUGCACGAUCCUCAGAGCAAAGGAAAUACGUCUCUUUCGUGGAUAAUGAGGAUGCAAAUAUCGCUCGAUGCUGCCCGAGGACUAGAGUACAUACACGAACACACGAAGCCUCAUUAUGUGCAUCGAGACGUUAAAACAAGCAAUAUUCUACUCGACGGCAGCUUCCGAGCAAAGAUAUCGGAUUUUGGAUUGGCUAAACUCGUAAUGGCGACAAACGACGGGGAAGAGUCGGUGACGAGAGUUGUCGGGACGUACGGUUAUCUUGCGCCCGAAUACUUACGGGAUGGAUUGGCGACGAAUAAAAGCGACGUUUACGCAUUCGGUGUGGUGCUUUUUGAGAUGGUUUCGGGGAAAGAAGCGAUGACGCGGAGCGCCGAGAGGCGAUCGUUAGCAUCUAUCAUGAUUGCGGCUCUGAGGAAUUCGCCCGACUCGAUGACGAUGACGAGCUUGAAAGACCACGUCGACCCCAACCUAAUGGACUUAUACCCGCAUGACUGUCUCUUCAAGGUGGCUAUGCUGGCGAAACAAUGCGUCGACGACGAUCCGAUUUUGAGACCCGACAUGAAGCAAGUGGUGAUUGCUCUAUCGCAGAUCCUUUUGUCGUCGGUCGAGUGGGAGGCGACUCUCGCCGGGAACAGCCAAGUCUUCAGCGGCCUCGUUCAGGGACGGUAGAACGGCGAUGGCGGCGGGAAGAGACCCGGGUCUCGUGACCUCACGGCUACGAGUCGGUCGCCAAAAUGUAGUAACUUUCUUAUGUUUGUUUAUAGUGAUUCUUUUAUAACUUAGUAUUUUUUUUGCCAAAUAUGAAUAUAUUUGGAUGUUAUAUGACUGUGAUGGUUUGAGUUAUGAAACAAUAAUAAUUUUGAGUAGGAAUUGAAUGAAUAUAAAUGGAAUGUGA